CCGGGGUUGGAUGGGUGGGUCGAUUAAAUCGAUGCAAUUAUAUGCAAAUCUGUCAAAACUCGUCAAAUGCGGCCUUCCUUGGUGUACUACACACAUUACUCGAUACUACAUGCAAGGGGCCAGCGGGCGUUGGCAGUUACUCCACCAUGCAGCAUGCCGGAUAGUGUGGCACCAAAUGCUGACGGGAUGAUGGGUGGCAUCGAAUGUGGAAUGUAUAAAGUAAGCGAUCUACCAACGUUUGGCCAUCAGUUUGUCUCUAGCCAGUGAUAAGAGCAGUGACUAGCAGCUAGUUUUUUGUUGUGAGAAGUUUGUGCAUGUGCAAAAUGGUCGAAAUGAGCUACCUGAGGAUAUUUUUGGCCCUGCUCGUCUUUGGCUGCAUUGCCGUGAUUGAUGGGGAGGAGAAUGUCGUAGGACAAGGCGAGAAUGUAUCAGGUGUAACCUCACCAGUCGGUCAGCAAUCGAUCGAGCCUAGUUCUUCGUCUUCAUCGGAUGCAGUUGUAGUUGGUGCACAGGGUGGUGACAAGAAGAAUGCUAAGCGCCAUCUUUCGUUCGGCUUUGGACAUGGGUAUGGUGGAGGCGUUGGAUUUUCGGCCGGUGCUGGAUACGGAUCGGGCGUUGGCGUAGGCUACGGUUCGGGUGUUGGGCUGGGCUAUGGAUCGGGCAUCGGCUAUGAUGGUUAUGGUACAGGGUACGGAAGCUAUGGUUAUGGUGCAGGCUAUGGAGGUAGAUUCCGCGGUUAUGCAGGUUACGGCGGUUAUGGUGCUAGCUAUGGUUCUGGUUACGGUGCUAGUUAUGGUUCUGGUUACGGUGGAUACGGAGCGGAUGGAUUCCACGGAUUCCAUGCACACUAUUCGAAGCCGAUCGUAACUGCCACCAUUAAGGAACACAUCCCCAUCGCCAUUCCGAAACCGUUUCCAGUGUUUGUGAAGAAAACCGUCCCAGUGCCGGUACCGAUCCACAAGCCGGUACCAUAUCCGGUGAUAGUGAAGAAAACGGUUCCGGUUCCGAUUGUUGUAUCACACCCAGUACCAGUACCGAUCACGAAGCACGUGCCCGUACCCGUCCCACAGCCUUAUCCGGUGUCCGUUCCGCAUCCCGUUCCGGUGAAGGUACCGACACCGGUGGUCGUAACCAAGCCCGUAGUCGCUUACUCGCCGCUAGUAAGCUCACCCGCUAUAGUCAGUACACCGAUCGUGAGUACACCGAUCGUCAGCACGCCAAUUGUCAGCACGCCGAUUGUUACCAGUGCCGGGCACAUUUCCGUCAGCGAUCAUGGCUUACACCAGACGCACCAUUCACACAGUCAUUAUGCGGCGGGCAGUGGAGCAUACAAGGCGUACACUUCCGGUACGGCUGGUCUGUACACGGGCAGUACCGGUCAGCACUAUGGUUCCAGCGGCCAUUUUGGAGGGCAUCACUACGGAAGUGCAGGGUUAUCCGGAGCUCACUAUGGUACCGCGGCGUACGGUGGAUUGGGACAUUAUGGUGCGCACUAUGGAGCCGGUGCUGGUCACUAUUCGGGCCAUCUAAGCGCUGGAGUCCUGUGCAACCAUUAGUAAAAUACCUUCAGCCAGCUCUCGCAUAUGGCACAAUGUAGUUAUAAUUCGUUUAAUGCUCUAAAUAAGCCUAAUGCUCAGGAGUUUUCAACUUCGAAUGUUUUAAUAACUCGCACAAGUCUGUCACAGCAGUUAGUAUAUAGAACAGUUUUCAAUAAAUAAAGUAAUUUGUUACAAAUAAUA